GAAUUUUAAAGAAUAAUCUGAUUGGGUACCGUAACACGAGGAUAAUAGAUUUCGAGGUUUGCUUCAUAGGUAUGGUGAAGAAAAAAAUGUCGAGGGAGCUUUGAAUAUGUUGGACAUGUGAAAUGGUCGUGCGGAAUUUGCCUGAAGAAUCCCCCAUGACGGGGCAGGCGAAGUUCUCCUCACAAUUUUCUUUUUUACCAUAGUUAUUGUCCAAACCUUGUAAAUCCAUCAUCAGUGGCAGUCGAAGUUACUCGCUAAAUUUCGUUUUUUGCUUUAUGAGUGAAAUCAGUUUGUGUCAUCAGUAUUUUGAGCAACGUCAAGCCGUUAUGAAAGGAAAUAUUUGUAAAGUCCUUCUCUUGGUAGUUUUGUUGGUGGCUACCGGCACAGCACUUUUAAUGGCUGGAAAUGGGCGACCUAGUUGUACCACUCAAGAAGAAAUCAAUAUUCGUAUAUUCCGUAAUAACUGGGACCCUACUUCCUAUUGGAAAUGUGAAGAGCUUAAUGCAGCGCCCGUACUCGAGAGAUGUCCAGAGCAAAUGGCUUAUUUAGAUAGUGUCAAAAACUGUGUUGAUUGGGCGGAAUGGCAUUGGGAAGAACCAACUGAUUCUUUGAUCAUCGAAAAUCAAUCAUAAUUUUAAAGUUGUUGAUGUGAAAUUCGUAUAUGAAAUAAAAAAGCGAUUUCGAAAUUCAAAA